AUGGCGGAGAAGAUCUCGAUAACCAUAUGCGGGGAUGGUGGAUGCGGGAAAUCAUCGAUCACUCUGCGCUUGGUUCGCAGUCAAUGGACUCAUGAAUAUGACCCUACGAUAGAGGAUUCGUACUCGGUUACGCGCACCGUGGAUGGCGUUCCAUAUUUCCUUUCCAUCACAGACACCGCCGGCCAGGAGGAGUAUCGCGGCCUCUGGGCGGCAUCCAACCUGAAAUCAGACGCAUUCCUGCUCGUCUACGAUAUCACCAACGCAUCGAGUUUGCAGGCGCUCGACUACUUCAUGGAGAUGAUCGAUAUCGAGGCCGAACAGCGAUUGGAGGACAAUGAGCGACUAUUAAGAGAGCUAGGUCCCGGCGCGGAGGGCGUCGAAGUCGGGAUGCCGCCUCCGGUCAAGAUCAUUGCGGGAAACAAAUGCGAUCUGAAGGAUGCCCGGGCCAUCUCGGCACGAGACGGCCUGGAAUAUGCGCGGAAACAUGGAUGCGGUUUCAUGGAAACCAGUGCCAGGGAGAUGGUCAACAUCGAAGAGACUUUUGCGUUGAUUGUUCGGCGUGUGAUCGAGGCCCGUCGACAACAUUACCAGCGACAAAAGCCUCAGGAUUCUGACCAGAUGGGGUCGUCCACGGCGCGCACCCCAGCAUUGACGGCGACAGAGAAGGAAGCCAGCGACGAGCUUCAGAACGGUGGCAAGCGUCGGCAUAUCCGUUUCGGGGGACUGGGAAGAAGGUUCUCCAAGCGAGCCACCAGCAAGAAAACCGGCGACGAUCCCGAUGAUACGGAAGAACAUACGACGAAAGAGAAAGUCAAGAAUCCCAAAAAGCAUGGCUCGCGAGACGAGUCAGGCGAACAAGACACAGAGUCUGACAGCUGGUGGAAGUGUUUGCGAUGUCUAUAG